UCUUGUUUCUACAACUGUAGCAAGUGAGCGCAGACUGUAUAGUGUAUGCGUUUAAUCCGCUGUGUGGAGGUACCGUUUUUUAUCUGUAGAUAGUGGUAGAUAGGUUCUGCACGUUUCUCGACUUUUGUGGAAAACAAUUCGAAAAUUGGGCUGUUAAAAAUGAUUUCUGGACGAGCUCUUCAUUAUGUGUUUAAAAUACCAAACCGCAAAUUAACGGCGAAGUUUUAUCGGGAUAUUCUUGGAAUGAAGGUAUUACGCCAUGAAGAAUUUGCUGACGGUUGUGAUGCUGCCUGCAACGGACCAUAUGCAAACCGGUGGAGCAAAACUAUGAUAGGAUAUGGUCCAGAAGAUACUCACUUUGUGAUAGAAUUAACUUAUAACUAUGGGAUUAAGGAAUACGAACCUGGAAAUGAUUUUCAUGGGAUAACAAUUAGGUCCAAAGAAGCAAUUGAGAGAGCACGCUCAAGUGGUUGGCCUAUAAACGAGGAAAAUGAUAAAUAUAUCCUUGAGGCACCAGGUGGAUACAAGUAUUAUCUUAUCAAUGAAUCACAACCCAAGGAUAAAGAUCCAGUAGAGAAAGUCACUUUAUUUAGCUCAGACCUUAAAAAAACUAUUGCAUACUGGAAAGAUAUUCUGGAAUUGAAAGUGUUUAAUCAAACAGAGAAUAAUGUAUUGUUAGGGUACAGUGAAGAUCAAGCUAAACUUGAAUUCUAUGAUAUUGGCACUCAGGUUAACCAUGCUGAGGCCUAUGGACGUAUAGCAUUUUCUGUUUCUUAUGAUCAACAGCCAGAAAUUCAGAGAAGGAUUAAAAACAGUGAAAAUACAAUAUUAACUGACUUAAUCAUUUUAGACACACCAGGAAAAGCUUCUGUGAGAGUUAUUAUUCUUGCAGACCCAGAUGGUCAUGAAAUUUGCUUUGUGGACGAUGAAGGAUUCCGUCAGCUAUCACUUCCAGACUAUCCAAGUGAAAAAAUUUUGGACAGAUACAUUGCAAAAGAGGAAUGAAUUCUUUAAACACACAUUUGAAAAAUGAUAAAUUUCAGUAUUUUUAUAAAUUUAGAAGGCUAUGUUAUUAACACUUAGCCAAUCGCGCGCGAAACGUCGAUUAGGAGAUCUCCUUAUUCGGUCGACUAAGUGUUAAUAUUAUACUCCUAAUUAUAUUAUAUGUACUUCUAAAUACUAUAUAGUACAGAGGUGAAGGUUUGUGAUAUAGAUUGUUUUCACUACGCAAAGAAAUUAACUUUAAACAAUUUACAAUAAUUUUGAAUAUUUGUUAAAAUU